AUGAUUCGCCGAUUAGGCAGUGUUUCUUCCACGUCCUCUUCAUCACUAUGCCGUGCGGCAUCAGUUGCGAUGAUUCCCGCUGCUCAGUCCCGCGCUGCGGUUAGGGAAUUCCACAGUUUGUAUAGCCUUGCGGCGUCACUUGUUGUCUGCUCGGGUUCCGUGUUGUGUUUUGCAUCAUGGGCGAAUAACAUAUGCAACGUCAGGAAAUAUGGCCGCUGGCGUUUCCGCAACACGAUUGACGAUGUUAUUAUGGUUUCAGACUUCAAAACAGCGCGUUAUAUUGGAGGGUUUAUUGGUUUCUUGUUCUAUUGGCUCAUAGUAGGUCCGAGGAAAUACAUGUACGAGAGUAAUUUAGCGGACAUUCCUGGAAAUAAGCGCUUUGGGCCUUUUUAG